AUGACCAAGCCAAUUAAGAGAAGAGAUAAGGGCUCUAAUGGAGACGACUCAGGGGUGGCGGAAGAAACAACAGCUAGAACGAGCGCCUUAGAUUCAGGUGAACCUAUUUUGACUGAAUCGCAUGUUAAAAGAAGGAAGUCUUUAACUCACAAGCACAAUCACUCUCACGAAGAACCUAAAAAGGAAAAAAAAGAUAAGAUUAAGAAGAAAAUGUUCGAGUCUAGGAGAGUGAUUUUUAUUAUGGGAACAGUUAUUGGUUUAAUCGUCGCGGGGUUUUUUGGAGCAGCAUCGAAUCCAAGUAUGAAGGCAGAACUUGAUAAGUUGGUAAGUUUCGAUUCGGUUAGUGGGUUGCUAGAUGAUUGGAAAGAGGCAUUGCCUUCAGGAUUACAGUCUAUAUUAAGUGAUAUUGAUGGUUCUGGAAACGAGGAUCCGUUGUAUGGUUCGGCCGAAUCGUUUUCAGUCGGCAGAAGAAUGUCUGCUAAUCAUAAUUUGACAAGUAAACAUAGCGUUAUUAUGGUUCCUGGGGUUAUUUCUACUGGAAUAGAAUCUUGGGGAUUGGAACAGCCAGAAGAUUGCCCUUCUGUGAACCAUUUCCGUAAAAGAUUAUGGGGAUCGUUUUAUAUGUUGAGAACCAUGAUCUUAGACAAGACAUGUUGGUUAAAAUAUAUAAUGCUUGAUCCUGAAACUGGCUUAGAUCCUCCUAAUAUUAAGUUGAGAGCGGCCCAAGGUUUUGAGGCUGCAGACUUCUUUGUAGCAGGAUAUUGGAUUUGGAACAAGGUAUUACAAAAUCUUGCUGUUAUAGGGUAUAACCCAAAUAAUAUGAUCAGUGCCUCAUAUGAUUGGAGAUUGGCUUAUUUAGAUUUGGAAAAAAGAGAUGCUUACUUCUCUAAAUUAAAAGCUCAAAUUGAAUUAACUAAAACUGUAAGUGGCGAAAAGUCUGUCUUGGUUGGUCAUUCAAUGGGAUCUCAAGUUAUCUAUUACUUUUUAAAAUGGGCUGAAGCAUCUGGUGAAAAUUAUGGUAAUGGAGGCCCAAGUUGGUGUAAUGAUAAUGUCGCUGCUGUGAUUGAUAUUUCGGGUAGUACCUUGGCGCCCCCAAAACUAUCCCAGCAUUGA